GUCACCUACUAGGUGUCCUGCAAAUCACUCCAUUCUGGCGGGCCGGCCUGCAAACUUCAAAGGAAGGUCUUUUGAGGGCCUUCCUCCUGCGCACUUCUGCCCAUAUUUUCUCUUCGCUGAAAUUACGGCAGUCAGCUAUUGCACUUGUGACCAACGGAAAUCAUAGGCGCAUUUGAAACGAGUGUCCUUGAAACUUCUGCGAAAGAGCCGGUCUGCAAAGCAACUGAUUAGUCUGUGUGGCGCUUCCCGCAUAUAAAGAUGGCACAGCACGUCGCCGGCAGUCAGAAGGUCGUCGAAGGCGCAGCCCCAGGGCUGGUUCACAACGAGCAGCGGGUUGAGCACGGUUUGCAAGGUGGACCGGCAACUCACGCCGGUAUGGUCCCUGAGCCUGGAAGUGGGGGCAUGGUAGGAAGUGUUGCAGGCCCCUCUGGUCAGGCUCCACAUGGGAUGGCAGCUCACGAACAGGCUAUCCCAGCUGAGACAGCAGUGCCUGUGAUAAGCGCAGAAGAAAGGGAGCGGCAACUGGCGGCCGAAGAAAUGAGGUUGAGGGCAAAAGAAGAGAAGCUGACAAAGCACGCUGACGCUUAUGUCGAGAAGAAGCAACGAGAUGCUCAGGCCCAUGUACAACACGAGAUUGCCAAGGCGGACAAGAAUGCAGAGAAGGCCAUCUCAAAAGCAGCUCACAAAGAAGCAACUGUUCACAAGAAGGUGGAACAAAAGCUGGCACAAGCUGAGCAGGACCGGAAGAAAGCUGAGAUCGAUGCCGAGCACAGGGCUGCAGAGAAGAAGGCCGAAGCUCAGCAGGAGGCAGAGGAGAUGAUUGCGGCUGCAAAAGAGAAGGCAGAAGCCAUCAAGAGAGGCGACGAAGUUCCAGAAAAGCCCUCGGCAAUCAAGAAGAUUUUCGGUAUGGCGUAGGGUUGCAAGGUUGAGAAAUGUUGAAGGUAUGUUACGGUAAGACGUGGUAGCUGACUAUUUUAUACAGUACAGGUGUUCAUUCACAGCUUACAAGAUAUAAGUAUCUAUGCUCGUUUUAUUAAAGUUCUGUAGUUGAUUAGGUUUUCUGGAAUUGAAGAGGACUGUACCGAAUUUUUAUCAGUUGUGGAGCAUAAGUUGAUGCCACGUUGCACUGCAGACCCAUCUAGGCUGGAGACAGGGGCAUUUGCGGCAAAACUAUACUUUCGAAGUUCAUCAAUUUUAUUAACAACGGCUGAUGAAGUGCACACUGACACAAUGCAAAGCUGUGGCAGCCAAUUGCAGAGGAAGUAUUGCUUUCAGCAGACAUUGUGCAAUUCUCACUUAUUAGCAAGGACUUUUGUGACCGAGACGUUUCGUUGGCUGCGGGGUCUCUAGCUAGCUUACGACUCUUCAUCGGUCACGUGUGCAUUGCAAGUACAACGCACCAGAAUACCAGAGAG